AGCAGCUGCUUGGAAUAGCUUCUCCGCCACUGCAGCAGCGGAGCUGGCAGGGAAGGAGCGUAGGCAGAGGAGGAUCGAUCCCCGUCUCCCCGAGAUUUCCAUGGCUGCGCCCGCCUCCCCUUCCUCCUCCUCCUCCUCUUCCUGAGCCUCUUUCUCUCUCUCCGGGCCACGUCCUUGGAAGCGCAGCGGAGGCAGCAUGUGGAGAGGCCAGGCCCAGUUUGAGGAGACCCGGCAGCAUCUCCAAAAGCAGCCAGUGGUGGGACAAUGGAAGCCCCUUGCACCAAGCAACAGGGGCCAGGAGCUGCAGCAGCCAGAGCCUUCUGCCAAGGACUCAGCAGGUGGGGAUGAGAACCAGUCCGUGGCGCAACUCAACGUCUCCCGCUUGCGCAGCUCCUCUGUGGAGAUCCGUGAGAAGGGAUCUGAAUUCCUGAAAGAAGAGCUGCAUAGAGCUCAGAAGGAGUUGAAACUGAAGGAUGAAGAAUGCGAGAGACUUUCAAAAGUCAGAGAGCAGCUGGAGCAGGAACUGGAGGAGUUAACCGCAAGCUUGUUUGAGGAAGCCCAUAAGAUGGUGCGGGAGGCAAACACCAAGCAAGCAGCAUCCGAGAAGCAGCUGAGGGAAGCCCGAGGGAAGAUUGACAUGCUGCAGGCGGAGGUGACUGCCUUGAAGACACUGGUCAUCACGUCAACGCCUUCUUCCCCCAACCGGGAGUUGCACCCCCAGCUCCAAAGCCCCUCCAAGGCAGUCUUCAGAAAAGGGCACGGGCGGAAUAAGAGCACCAGCAGUGCGGGUGCUGCCACUGCCACCAGCCAAGGCCUGCCUGUGGAGCCAGUCAGCAGUGAGUUCAAAGAGUCUGGGGUGCCCACCCUCCUCUCCCUCCUUCUCUGUAUCGUCCCCGCGAAGGCUAUCCACAUCACCUAUGAGCCAGGCUGGCAGUCCCUGGCAUCAGACUCUUCCUUCUCCUCUUCUCUCUCAUGGCAGGUGGAUUCCAUCUUGUUUGCUGAAUUCCAGGCUUGGAAAGAGUCUCCAACACUAGAUAAAUCGUCUUCUUUCCUCGAAAGGAUUUACCAGGAAGAUGUAGGCCCAUGUCUGGACUUUACUAAGCAUGAGCUCUCAGAGCUGAUUCAGGCAGCUGUGGAGCAGAACACACUCACCAUUGAACCUGUGGCUACCCAGGCGCUGCCUGUGGUGAAGGUGUCGGCCAUUGAAUGCGGCGGACCAAAUGGCUUCCGGUCCCAAAUUGUAACGAAAUGUGCUCUAAGUGGCCUGUCUCGGGCCUGUAGGCAUCGCAUCAAGCUGGGAGACUCUGGGAAUUACUACUACAUCUCCCCUUCCUGCAGGGCCAGGAUUACAGCAGUAUGCAACUUCUUCACCUAUAUCCGUUACAUCCAGCAGGGACUGGUGAGGCAGGAUGUGGAAUUGAUGUACUGGGAAAUCAUGCGUCUCAGAAAGGAAAUGUCCAUAGCUAAGCUGGGCUUCUUUCCCAGUGAGAUGUAGCUGAGGACUGGCACUCUGGAAGGGCAUCACCUUACCACUACUCCGCCAGGCAGCUAGAGGGCUUGACCCAGCACAUCUCCUGGUGCUGGCAGGAUAUAAACUGAAGCUGCCCGGUGUAAACUGAAGAGAUAAGAAGCACAGAUUUCCCUGUUGCAUUAUUUGCGAAGCUUCCUGACAGUGCUUAGCCUGAUGCGGAGUGGCCAAGGGACCAGCCCUUCUGUGGCUCAACUGAAUGAAGUUGUCUCUGGACUCCUCCCUUCCCCUGUCUCUAUGCAUUCCACAGCCAUUAUAUAUCAAGUCUUCUUCAAAGUUCUGCUUCUGCAGGUUCUGAGGCCAUGGCUGGCCCUUGGGCUCAUUAUCUCCUUGCUGCUCUGCAAUGCAAAUGUAGCUGGGCAUUCCUGCACAACAGAGAGAAAGAGAUAUUUGGACUCUUCCAUUCAGCCGCCAACUCCAACCGCGACUGGACACGGGGGUGUCAGUGCUGUACAGUGGCCUUGUUUGAUGGCCUCUACAUGUGUGUUCUUCCAGUUGUUUCCCAGGCAGCUCUUGAGGAGCCCGCAAGAGUCAGCUGGGGGCUGAUUUCUAUUUAUAGCUCAGGGUUUGCCGUUUGGUUGUGUGAGAUCUGAUACCUCGCUCUGUGUAGGCAGGCAUCUGUUCUAGGCCAAAACUCUGGCUGGAGCCUCGGUUGUGAUGUAAGAGUGGGGAAAUUGCAUAACAGGCAGUGGCCCACAACCACAUUGAGGUCAGCUGCGCGAGACCGCAGAUGCUUUUGCUCCCACUCUGCAAGCCAGGGAGUUGGCUGCUGCCACAUUAGUUUUCUAGGGAGCAGCUGUCCUCAGCUGACACCCUUCUCCCCACAGGCUCCUUCACUGUGCUUUGUUGCAGUCCAAACGACACUUGUGGUAUUUUGUGCAACACAUUUCAUCUCCACUCUAGCUUCCCAUUUGGUGCUUGCGUCUGCCUUGACAGUAUUACAGACUCUUGUAUGAAACAUUCUCUCUUUUGCUUCAUUCACGUUGGAGCUUAAGAAGGACUUCACAUCUUGAAUAUUCUGGCACAAUUUUGGGGUUUAUGCAGCUCAGCCUUCCUCAAUCUGGCACCCUCCAGAGGUUUUGGGCUGCACCUCUCAUCAGCCCUAGGAAACACAACCUAUGGUGAGGGAUGAUGGGAGUUGGAGUCCAGCAACAGACUAGGGGACACCAUGUUCACCACCCCUCGGGUACUUCCUGCAUUUAUAUUUUUUUUUAAGGGGGGAAGGAUGGGGAUAAUGUUCAGAUUCAAGUGAUACAAAUAAAUCUUGGCCCCUAAAUUGUUUUGGUACUGCAGAAAGGGGGAAAAAAGAACCACACUUGAUUCUGAAUUUGUAAAUCAGAGUUGGAAGACCUGUUGAAUGUUGUCAGAAAUGAAAAGUCUUCCUCACUUAGCUUUUGAUAUGAACUUUUUUUAAUGGGAGGGGGAGAAUGAGGCUUAUAUUUUGGAUGCUGUGCCUGAUUUCUAAAAUGGGAGCGGCUGGGGUUGUGCUCUAGUUGGAAGUGGCAUCCUCUGCCCUGAGAGCCAUUUCCUCCUAUUCCCAGGCAAAUGGGAGGCUGGUUCGUGGCUGCUCAGUAGUGAAGGGGAGGUGCUUUGCCCAUGCUGGAAAGCACUCUCUAUGCUAUAUUCAACAGGUGAGCUCUGGCGAACCCUGUUAUCCGUGAAGCCCUGACAGCAUCCAUGGCCAGAGCCUCUCACCAUAAAUACAAUGAAGUACAUUUAAAUAAUCUUGGCCAUAGUGAGUGGUUGCAUCAUCACCUCUGGUUCCAUUAGGCAGAAACUACUGGCUGGUGCUACAACAUUUUGAACACCCCAGUGCUGCUGGUUGCCCCUUGAUGCCUGCACCAUACGCCUGGCUUUGUGUGAUCUUGUGACUGGCAAUCCCAAUUCCACUCCCUGGAGGAGCAGCACCAUGUUUGCUUGCAAAGGAUAUAAUCACCUGCCUUUUGGUACUACAGUGGGAUUGUGUGCAAUGGAGAGCACUUUUUGGUAUCAUUGAAGUAAAUGCCUUUUCUUUCUUUUUCUUUUUGGGUCCGGUAUCUCCUUAGUAUUACAGGUAAGUGGCUGUCCUUUUGGACCUCGAUGGCUGGAGGGGAAUUGUGGGUUCCCUGCCACUUGGAUGUUCAGUGGCCAAGGGCUUGGUUUCAUCUUGAUCACAUGUAGUAGCACUUGCAUGCUAAGGAUUAUAGUAAAUAUAUAUAAAUAUAUAUAUGUAACUUAAAAAGCUAUUCUCCCCAAAGAUGUAUCUGGGAGAAAAUAUUAUUGGAAUUUAUGCUUGCAGGAGAAAACGUUGCAACAACACUUGCCUCUUCCUGCUUUAGACAAGGCUUGCCAUAUGUGAAAGGACAGCUUCUCGAGGGAUCCUCUUGGCCUUGCUCCCAGCCGUGGGGGCCUUCUGCUCCUCAUCUCUGCAGGGAUGGUGAAAUGCUAAGCAGGUUUACAUCCAGCAAAUCUUGAAAUGGCAGAAUUCCUAGUACCUUGAACUGCUUCCCAUUUCCUUGUCUGCACUUGUGUUUGUGGAGAGGUUUAUCCCUUAUUUCCUACAGCUAAUUUCAUUGCGAACAUUAAAUCCUUGAUUCAGUAAGAGAGGAUUCCCAUACUGUGCUCCACAUGGCAAGCUGUGACCCUCCAGAUAUUGCUGGGCUACAGCUCCCAUCAUCCUUGCCCAUUGGCCAUGCUGGCUGGAGCUAAUGGGAGUUGGAGUCUUCUACAAAUGAUCAAACCAGGCCAGCUCCUGGUUAAUGACAGUCUACAUGCUGCUUUGCACAUUAUGGCAAGCCACAGACUGACUUACCAUGACCACUUGAACGUGAUGGCUCCCUGAGAAGAGCUCACACCUGCUUUGCUCCUCCCUAGACUGCUUAGGUCAACAUGCGACAGCAAUUAAGCCAAGGUUUGGCCUUCAUGGGAUCAUGAGUAAGGUCUCAUGCCCUUAACUGCAAUCUGUAAUCGUGGGACAAAACUUGGCUUCUAAUUGUAGCUAGGCGAAGAGCCCAGGACCUAAUGACAUGCUAAGCCAGACUCUGGCUUAGCUCUAUGCAACAGUAACCUAAAAAAAAAAAACAACCCAGGAAGGAGCAAAGUGGCUGCACUCUCCUUCCUAAGCACCAGCAUGUUCAUGUUAAGUCAUGGUUUUGCUUAGUGUGAUGUGCAAGCUCAAUGCCUCUCCAAGAAAGAGAUAUGCUCCAGGAGAAGCAUUCAGUCACGCAUCAUCUCCACACCUUGAUAAGCAUAAUUAUUAGUUGCCAUAUUUCUUCUAUCAUAGAAAGACUUCCCACACUAUCUCCCUGGUUUUUGGUGCAGCAAAUUAGGAGUGCCAUCUGGAAAUUCCUUAUAAUAAACCGACACCACUCUACUGGAAGCAGGUAGUGACAUUGGAAGCUGCCUUCUAUUGAGUCCAGCCUUUGCUCCACCUGGCUCAGAGUUGUCUGCACAUUGCUCUCCUUGGCCUCCGUUUAAUGGGUCAGAUGCUGUAAGUGGGAGUCCAGUCAAUUCUAACAAUGAUAAAUUUAUUGAAGAGCCUGGCUUUCUAAAUUCAUCCACCACCCACAGCCACUCUCUCCAAACUGCUGGAAGAAGCACCUGUUUUAGUUCCUGUCUCUUACAGGAAGGGGCAAGUGCUGAGCUGUUCUCUUGGCUGCAUUAUUAUCUCCUUACUCACAUGUUCGUAUUUUAAUAAAAUAUACUGAUCUCUAUUUAAUAAAUAGACUGCAGUACUGACAGUGAGGCUGGUUCUUAUUGCCUUUGGGCUGUUUUAUUCCUUUUGAAGCCUGCAUGUAUUCCAGCUGCAAAAUAAACAGCACAUUUUCAAAGCA